AUUCUGAAUAUGUAAAUGUCUCAGGCACAGAGAAAAACACAGCAACAGAAAAGCAACGGGGAAAGAGGGGAGAGAGAGGAAGAGGAGGGGAGCAGCAUGAAAAAGUGAGUGAGCGAUCAAGGGAAAGAGAGCAAGAGAGUGAGGGAAAGAGAGCGAGCACUCUGAAGUGUGAGUGGCUUACGACACUCAGUGAACAGAAGGUGCUUCUGCAUGCGCUGUCAGUGUACUGCUCUGCUGCAAGGGAUUGCGCGCUCCUUUGCUUCCCACAUUUACCGCCCCUGUCUGCCUACCAGCACCAGCCUUCAGCAGCCUCUUCCAGCUGGCUGAGAAAACACCCGGAGAGCAAGGAAGUGGAGGAACAUUUCAAGGGGAUGCAAGCGGCUUUUUAACCGAGAUGAACCACUGAGAUGACAAGGAAUACUGUUACAAAAGACAACAGUGAACAGGGUUCACCUCUUUAAAUCCUGCUUUUUUUUCUGCAUCCGUCACUGAAAGCAUCAUUACCCGCUUGAAUGGAUUUAUACCUGACAAGUUAGUGAUUGCUCCCUUUUUGCUUCCAGAGAUGGACAAUAAUAUGUGUUGACAGAUCUGCUAAAACUUGAGCAGGAAGGGGAGGAGAAAAGAGCAAGACAGAUAUUUAAAAAGAUUUUUCAUUGGUCUUUUUUUUUUUCUCUCUCUGGUUGUCUCUUCGUCCCUCUGAUCAUUGCAGCAGAGGACUGCAGAGGAGCAAGAGAGACAGAGCUCAUGCAUGCAGACAGGGCGACUUGCACUUCCUAGCAUCUAGCUGAAAGCUACUUGGAAUCCUUCUCUUUCUGGCUCUUUCACUUGAGGAGAACUAAGACAUUGUAAGCCUGCCAAGGAUCUGGUGUCCACUGAAAAGAGAGAAGGGAGGGGGGGGGGAUUUGUACCACAGUGGGGUCUUUUUUAGUUCGCACAUAAUUAGUGUUGGGGCACAAAGCGAGACGCUGAAUGGAGAUUGUCAGCUUUUGAAUAGUGGUGAGUAGGAAUCUUUUAAAAUAAGAUCAAUCAAUGAGGACAAUUUUAUUUUUUCCAUUCCCGUUACUCUCCACCCACUGCUUGAUAUCAAACAUAAGUACAGAGAUUUGCCCGUAAUCCUUUUGCAUUUCUAAGCAGGAUUCCCUUGGCUGACAAACUAAACAAAAUAAAAAUAUCACUGUUGGCAGCUAGAAUACAAAAACGGAACAAAAUACAUUUUUUAAUUGAUUAAUUAUGAUGUGAUAAAUAUGAUGUGAUAGGUGCAAAAACAAUAUCCAGCGUGGUUCAAUGGACAUUUUCUCAGAUACAUCCCUGGAUAUUUAUGCUAAUGGAUUUCCUUCUAAUUGGACUGUACUUAAAGUGGCCACUGAAGAAGCCCCCUGGGUUGAUCCUGUGUUUAUUGGGAAUACUUCUAAGAACGGUUCCCUUGGUUGAGGGGGUUUGUCCAAGGCUGUGCCGCUGCGACAGUAAGCUGCUGUACUGCGAGGGGCUCAACCUCACAGACAUUCCCCGCAAUCUGAGCAGCGCCAUGGGCCUGUCCAUGAGAGAGAACAACUUGACUGAGCUGCGUGAAGGCCAACUGGUUGGUCUGUCACAGCUCACCUGGCUCUACCUAGAUCACAACAACAUUGACAUUGUAGAGGAAGGUGCAUUUGACAGGCUAAGACGGGUCAAGGAGUUAGACCUCAGCAGCAACCGCAUUGAAAGUCUGCCAAAUGGCACCUUUAGGCCCCUCCCAAACUUGCGUAUCCUGGACCUCUCAUACAACAGGCUGCAGACACUAGAGCCUGACCUGUUCCACGGCCUUAGAAAGCUCACCAAUUUGCAUUUGCGCUACAAUGCUCUCAAAUUUGUGCCAGUGCGGAUUUUUCAAGACUGCCGGAGCAUGCAGUUUCUAGACUUGGGAUACAACCAACUGCAGAGCCUGGCACGAAACUCCUUCGCUGGCCUCUUCAAAUUGACUGAGUUGCAUCUUGAGCACAAUGAGCUGGUUAAAGUCAACCUAGCCCACUUCCCUCGCCUCAUCUCUUUACGCACCUUGUACAUGCACAACAAUCGUGCCACUGUUGUUGUCAACACACUGGACUGGACAUGGCAUUUUUUAGAGAAGAUUGACCUGUCAGCCAAUGAAAUUGAGUACAUGGAGCCACAUGUUUUUGAGAGCGCACCCAACCUCAAGGUGCUCAUGCUAGACUCCAAUCGGUUGACCUCUGUGGAACAGCGCAUCCUGGAUUCGUGGUCAUCUUUGGACAGCAUUACCCUGGCAGGGAAUGACUGGGAGUGCAGUCGCAAUGUGUGUGCCUUGGCCUCUUGGCUGAGUGCCUUCAGAGGCCAGCGUGAUAAUUCCCUGCUGUGUUCAAGCCCCGACACUGCACAGGGCGAGGAUGUGUUGGAUGCUGUCUAUGCUUUUCACCUAUGUGAGGAUCCCCAAAUGGAGGUAACUACAGCAGGCCUGUACACCUCUACAAGGGAUCUGGCCCAGGGUGGUUCUGUUUUUCAGGGCCCAUUUACUCCUAACCCUUAUGAGGGUGAGGGUAGCGAGGUGGUUACCAGUUCUUUCACUGUCACGGUGGGCCAUGAUGACCUGGAGAGCACCAUGCAGAUUCACAAGGUGGUGACUGGCACCAUGGCACUCAUCUUUUCCUUUCUCAUCAUUGUGCUCAUGCUGUAUGUGGCAUGGAAGUGUUUUCCAGCUGGAAUAAGACAAUUGAGGCAAUGCUUCAGUAGUCAACGCCGUAAGCAGAAGCAAAAGCAAAGCAUGCAGCAGAUGGCUGCAAUUUCUACACCGGAGUACUAUGUUGACUAUAAACCGAACCACAUUGAAGGAGCUCUGGUAAUCAUCAAUGAAUAUGGCUCUUGCACUUGCCAACAGCAACCUUCUCGGGAAUGUGAGGUGUGACCCAGCUUUGUGAGUAAGUCUUAACCUGUGAUUAUCUGGAUAUACAGUAACAUCACUUUUUUGGAUACAUUGGGGAGGGGAAUAAUGCGGGACAAAGGAUUAAAGGGAUCUUUUUGGACACUUUUUACAUAGCUUCUCACUGUGAUGUGAAAGGAGUGUGCUUUAUGCGACUAUUUUGUGGUGGAUUUACUGCUACUACUAUCUACUGCUGAUUUUAGGCCACAGGGAAUAAGUGGCACCUGACUCGUGGACCUGUUGAUGCUCUAAAGAAACACAGAAGGAUACAUUGUUGGCACUGAGGAUUUUCUCUCAUGGGUGGAUAUUUGAGCUUUAAUGUGUCUUUUUACUUCAGGACAUUUAAUUGUUGUUUGCAAAUAAACUGGGGACACACAAAAGAAGAAGAAAAAAACCAUUUGUAUUAUGGUAAACACAAUAUUUGACAAGCAUUUAAAAUAUUUAAAAAAAUGUUUAAGUUGGAUUACAAAUGUAAAAAUAAAAAGUCUGUGUAAAAUAUGUUAAAAGAAGAAGUGCAAGUGUGGAAAAAAAUUAUACAAGAUAAUCUAUUUCUUUUGUAAACUACAAAAAAAUGUUUAAAUAAAUGAAAUGCUAUUCACAGUAAAUUCAUUUGUACGUGAGAAGCCUGUCAGAAAGGAUGAAUGACAAAUGACGCAGUCUUUGCGCCUGUAGAGCCAUGUCUUUGCAGUGUGUCAAACCAAAAAAAUUAACUAUGAGAAAAAGGGGGCAAAGGGAUAGAUACAUCUCAUCUCCAAUGUAAAAACCAUGGUCUGAAUUUUAGAUCUCUUCUCUGUUUUAACUCAUAUUUGUUGUUUUAGCAUUCACUGUGUUGGCUCACUAUCAGUGUAGUGUUUUCCCCUUCCCAUUGCCUAUCUGAGAAUAGAUUCAAAUGAUCUAUCACAUUCAAUUGGAUAGCAUAAUUCCAUAAUAUUACAUCACUAUAUGUGCACCAUCCAAGUAAAGAAAGCAGAGUGUCAAAGAUCUAAAGCUAUGCCUGUCAUUGCCUCUCACUCUUAGGCUCGAUGUCUCUUUUUACUGAAACAAGCACACUAAAGGCAACAAUCAUCAACAUCAUGCAUACUUAAAUCAAAAUACAAUUCCAAAUUGUAUCAGAAUUAUGGAAGAAAUUAUCCAGCAGCUUAAAUGAAGAUUUGCACAUACAAUAUUCUUCACUGUGUUUCCAUGUGAUGUAAAAUGUUUGUUGAAUACAAGGCCAUUUUGAGGUGUAUAUAUAUCCUUCUUCCUCUGGUGUUCAUUGUGUAAAUUAGUGCACUGACAGAUGUUGUUUUUCCUGGGUCCUUUGACAUGAACAGUAUGUUGUGUGAGAUGGGGGGAAGUGAGAGUGAGAUGGAGGAUCACAACGACUGCAAAAAGAGGGAACAGACUGCUCUCUAGUGUGCAUAUCCUCAUACUGUGGCUGCAUUUGACCUAUUGUGCACCAUACUCUGCAAACCUCCGCAGCAGAGGCAACAUCAAUACUGAAUUUGCAGCGGCUUUUCUGAAAAAAAAAUAUUAAUUUGCCUCAUUUUUGUGUUAUUUUGCGAUAAAUUAAGAUAAUGUUUACAACUUGUAAGUCAGCAGGAAUAAACAUGUUUUAAGAA